AUGGGCGACGCUUCAGUCUUCAAAUAUCCCUCCCCUCUGACGGGAUAUGAGGAUGCUCCACCAUUGCCCAACGACAUGGCAGAAGAUGGGAAGAGUUAUGUCAACCCAGCAGCAAAGAGAAGCGAAGCCUAUGAAAAGUUUAUAGACCCCUUUGAUCAAACCCCACGGGGCGCUUUCGACGUUCACAUCUAUUAUUUCCAAGGGAACAAAGAACAAACUAAAUACGCCAAAGAACUCUGGGAGCGCAUCAGGCGAGAAUUCCCCGAGCUGCGAACCUACAAAAUAUGGGAUGGACCCAUCGGACCUCACCCUGUCGCCAUGUUCGAAGUGAAUCUCUUUACACCAGCACAAUUCGGAGCAUUCAUUCCAUGGUUGAAUGUCUGGAGAGGACCUCUGUCGGCGCUUGUCCACCCGAACAUAAUUCCAAAAGAGGGCGUGGAUCGCUGGGCGUCAAUGAAGAGGGAUCAUUUGGAACGAGCUAUCUGGAUGGGAGAAAGAAUUCCCUUGGACCUCAGUCUUUUUAACAACCAGCCAUAA